AUGGCCCCGAUUAAGUUGUACACUACGCGCCGUACGCCGGCCGGCCGGGCUGUUGAGCUGACGGCGAAGCUGUUGGGGCUGGAGCUGGACAUCCAGUACAUGGAUUUGGUGAAGAAGGAGCAUAUGACUCCGGAAUACCUCAAGAUGAAUCCCCUCCACACGGUGCCCACGAUCAACGAUAACGGGGUGGCGCUGUUCGACAGCCACGCGAUCAUCGUCUACCUGGUCUCGAAGUACGCCAAGGACGACGGACUCUAUCCGAAGGACCUGGUCCAGCAGAUGUGCACGUAUCCGUCGUUGAGAAAUGAACACAUUUAG